AAGGGUUUUAGCGGCAGCGGCAGCCGGAGAUGGGGGAGCGGGCGAAGGAAUGGCUCCUCGCAGCAGGCGCCGGCGCCGCCGUCGGCGCGCUCUCUGCCGCCGCUGUCAUCGAUCUUCUCUCGAGAUCCAAGCGGAGAGAGAGGUACGCGCGGGACCUGCUGGAGUCCAAUGGAAUGACGACUGGGAACACUCGGUCCAGCAAGCACCUGGGCUCUCUUGGUAGCUCGGCUCUUCUCUCUGAUGAAGUGGUCUCUGAACAGCUUACAAGGAAUAUACAAUUUUUUGGCAUGGACUCUCAGAAGAAAGUGACUGAAUCCUAUGUUGUGGUUAUUGGUCUUGGAGGGGUUGGCAGUCAUGCAGCAUCAAUGCUCCUGAGAUCUGGUGUUGGCAGGUUGCUUCUUGUGGAUUUUGAUCAGGUAAGCAUUAACAAGGCACUCAUGAUAUGUUGAAAGGUAUCACUCUCAUCACUAAAUCGGCAUGCUGUGGCAACCAGAGAUGACGUUGGAACUUCAAAAGCGUUGUGCCUCAAGAAGCAUUUUUCAAUGAUAUACCCAGAGUGCCAAAUAGAUGCAAAAGUGCAAUUGUAUGAUGCAUCGUCUGAGGAGGAAAUUCUUUCUGGACAGCCUGACUUUGUUCUUGAUUGCAUAGAUAACAUUGAUACCAAGGUGUCACUCCUUGCAGCUUGCGUGCGCAGAGGUUUGAAGGUACUUUCUGCAAUGGGGGCUGGAGCUCGAGCUGAUCCCACCAGAAUUCGUGUCGCAGAUUUGAGAGAAUCAAGCAAUGACCCCCUCUCUCGAUCGGUGAGGUACAGGCUCAAGAAAGAACAUGGAAUUGAGGGUGGAAUACCAGUAGUCUUUUCAUUGGAAAAGCCAAAGGCAAAGCUUCUUCCUUUUCAAGCUUCAAAAGAAGAGGAAACUCCAUCAGAUUACCAGAUUGUGCCAGGAUUCAGGGUUCGCAUUAUACCAGUAUUGGGAACCAUCCCUGCAAUAUUUGGUCAAGUUAUGGCCUCCUAUGUGGUCACUCAGCUUGCUGGAUUAGAUUUUCAAACUGAACCAGUUGUUAACCUGGAUUUGGAUCAUUACCGUAUACUUCAUCAGCGUCUUAUUGAGCAUGAGGAACUGAUGUAUGGCACAGCCGAGCAAGUUCUGGUAGAUGCUGAAGAGGUAAUGUACAUUGUCAAAGAAUUGUGGCGUGGUCGAAGUGCUAGAGACCAAAGCCAGGACACUGGCCGGAAGAUGUGGAGAUCUGUGAACGAACUAAUGCUUGUUCGGUGGGACAAAUCAAAGGCUGCUGGCAUCUCAAACUUAAUACUUGUCAAGUUCAGUGAGGCUGACGCCCAUGAAUCCACCACACUCGACCGAAUAAAAGAACAAGAACCUGAAUUCUACUCUAUGGUUUCACGUGUCCUGAAACGAGCUGAGAUGGAGUUUGCCUUAUGACUUGAUGAGUAGCGAGGGUUGAUCCUGUUGGACUCCCACAGUUGCUAUUCAGUGAUGGCCUUGGAACAGCAUUCAGUUUGGCGGGAAUCACACUUGGGGUACCUGAUUGGUGUGCUAUGGUGAAAAUGUGAUGUGCAAAGUUUCUUCUUGAGGCCGCUGAAACAUCAGCUCUGUGUUAUCACUGAGUUGUGCACUUGUGGCCAUCUAUGUAUGUUUUUUUUUUCUGCACGCCAAAUCUGAAAUUUUGUUUCUAGUCUGAUUGUCUGAUGUAGUUUUGAUGUGAUUUAUGCUUGCUGUUUACCACGAACAUAGCCACUUGUAGACUUACCGAUCACCGAUGAUAAUGAUAUGACACGGGUUUGCGCUCCCGGUCCCCAGUUUCGACGCGUGUCGAACUAGACUGCCACGGACGCGAAGAUCUCAACCACUUGCCACAGCGCACAUGGUAUGGAGCGAGCGGACCCAGAGCCACCUCUCCAGCUUCGCCCCAGGCCCAGCGUGCUCGCUGCCUCGCUCUGCCGGAGCCUCCCUCCACCAUGGUCCACGUGGCCACAGCAAGAAGAAGAAUCCCCAUGCGGCGGCGGUGGCGACCGCAUUGGAGGAAGCAGGGAUGUGCGGCGCGAGGCCAAGGCCAUGGCACGCCUACGAGAUGGCCUAGAUUCUCGUGGGACCCACGAUGCCGCGCGCGCAGUAGCAUCGCACCCCGCCACAGGAAACAGGAUGCUGCAGGGAGGCGCCCGAAGCGCCGCCACGGGGACGAGGACAACCCAUCCCCGACCCCGACGGCGUUGUGCUGGCAGACACCGCCAUCGUGGGCGAGGACGACCGCUGAGGUGGAGGCGGCGGAGGAGAAGAGGCUGAGGAUCAGCCCGAGGCCGGACUCGUCUGCCGCUGCGGCGGCGGAGCGCGCGCCAGGCGAAGGCGGCCGAGAUGGAGGCAGCCGCCAGCAACCACCGCCAAGAGCUGGCGUCUUUGGAGCCCAAGCCUCGUGGCACCACACCAACUACUUUCCCAUCACCGAUGACCCGCUCGAGCCCACCGCCGCCGAGGAGGGCGAGGACGCCGAUGACAAUGAGGGCAACACGGAGGAGUGGAGGACAUUGUCUAGCGCCUCCGACUAAGCUAGACUGCAACUUUUAAAAUGUAUGUAAAUAGUUAAUUUAGCAUCUCACUUCCAGCAAAGAUGAUACUCACACGUAGUUUCAUGUUAUAAUGAUUUACGUGUUCCAGUUUCUUUUA